AUGGGUGGCUAUUUUUCUAAGAAUCUAGAAGAAUGCCUAAGAGAAGAAAAGAGAAAUCUUAAUAGAUCAGUUCGAGAACUAGAAAGAGAGAUAUUUAAACUGAAUAAUGAAAAGAAUAAAAUAGAAAAGAAUAUAAAAAUAAAUGCAAAAAAAAAUGAUCUUGCAUUAGUAAGGACAUUAGCAAAAGAUUAUGUAAAUAUAAAAAAGACGAUAACAAAAUAUAAUAAAAUAAAAUCACAUUUAUUUUCUAUGAAGAUCAAAUUACAAAGUGUUAAGUCGUCUGAACAGCUUGGACAUAGUCUCAAAGAAAUAAAUAGAAUUAUUAAAAGAGUUAAUGGUUAUAUUAAAUUAACAAAUCUUAAUAAUUCCAUACAAGAAUUUCAGAAAGAAAAUGAUCAAGUAUCCCUAAAGGAAGAUAUGUUAGAUGAUUUAUUUGAAACCUUCGAUUAUGAUUCAGAAAUGGUUGCAGAAGAAGAUGAGAUUGUUAUGAAAGUUCUUGAGGGACUUGGAGUUCAAAUGAAUAACAAAUUAGACGACAUUCCCACUGUUGUAGAUGGUAUUCCCAAAGUGGAAUCAGAAAAUGUUGCCAUAUCAGACUUGGAAACACGCAUUAACAAUUUGAGGAAAACGUGA